UGUGACGUUGUUGUUGUCCAUGUCACAAGUAACAGGUUUUAAACCAGAGUUUAGCCGAGCUGUCAUUGGUUGAUAAAUCCGUCCUCGCGCAUUCUGGCCCUCUCACGCAAUCUCUGACGCGCGGUCAACGGAACAGGCUUCGGUCCCAGCCCCGGGUAAACCAUUAUACCUGUGUGAUCACUUUUUUUCCAUGAACAUUUCAUACCUGGAUUUUCUUCUUUAGGUCCGCGUAUCGAUUGAUCGCAAACAUGACAAUUAGGACGCUGAGAGAUUAUGGUCAGCACUACCGACCACGGAUGGCAUGCCUAAAAAUGUAGGUGGAGGUGUUUGUGGUUGAGAUGCAGGAUCCUAAGAGUGGGGUGAAGGGUGCCGAUCAGAAACUCAACGUAACCAUCAUCCCACACGUCAUCAACGGGCAGGACAUUUUACAUGGAUCGUCACCAAAAGCCCAGGCGUUUGGGACCAUGCUGGUGGCCUACGGGUACAUCUACCCCCUCCAGAACCACAGGACGUUGGUCCUGGUCCCCGACAGCACCCUCUACCGCUUCCAG